AAGGAAAGGGGGUCGUGGCUUAACAUUAUAAAGGAAAAAAUAAGACAGCAUUGCCGUCUUGCUUGGUGUUGAAUACGCGUCUUGACAGGCUUUUGUAAAACUAAAAGACCGGGAAAGAUCUCGCAGAAGAGCGCUGUUUGGUAUUUCAUCAAAUCCCCUGCAUGUCCAUUGACCAAAAAUCAUAUUUCUCCACUUGAAAAUGAAACUUUUGCCCAUUUGCACUUGGCUUCUAUGCCUUUUGGUUUUCAUCGUGUGCUUGGGAUCUGAGUGUGGGAUUCUACGGCGAAAUGCGAGGUCUAAAAGAGACUUGGUGCGCAUCAGGGAAGCCAGAAGUACCUUCCCAGGAGCCUGUGCCACACGCUUGCCUCGGGGCAAACGCUCACUUCCCGGGAUAGAUCGGCGCUCCCCUCGCCUGUCACAGGCGGGGGAAAGCACACCGGCUCGGCGGAGGGCUGUUUACUUUACCGGCAGAGGAGACCAACUACGCCUGAAACCCAACGCAGAGGUGCCAAGAAGUAAUUUCACCCUGGAAAUGUGGAUAAAACCGGAGGGUGGCCAACGCUCUCCAGCUGUUAUCGGAGGACUCUACGAUAAAUGCUUCUACGCAUCCAGUGAUAGAGGAUGGCUGGUCGGCAUCAAAGCAGUCAGCGACCAAGUCAAUCGUGACCCUCGCUUCUUCUUCUCCCUCAAGACCGACCGAGCCCACAAACUUACCACCAUCACCUCCAACGCACCCUACGUUCCCAACCAAUGGUCACACCUGGCUGUCACCUACAAUGGCCUCUUCAUGAAGCUGUACGUUAAUGGGGCGCAGGUCGCCGUAAGCCGAGACCAGUCUGGUGAGAUUUUCAGCCCGUUAACGAAGAAGUGCAAGGUGCUAAUGAUCGGGGGCAACGCUUUAAACCACAACUACAGGGGAACAAUGGAACACUUGAGCCUGUGGCACAGGGCUCUAACCCAGCGUGAGAUCAUCAGAUACAUGGGUCGAGGUUACGGUGACUCCGACGUUGACAUCUCACAGCAGGUAAUCCGCGAGAACUUCGAGAAUAUGUCAAGAAGGUGGCUCACGGUAAAAGACGGCAGCUUCCCCAGGUCGGAGCAUUCGGACAGGCCCCGGGCGGGUGAUCUCGGCGGUUCUCUCGACACUGGACUGAAACCUCCGCCUUGUGGGCAGACGGUGUGCGACAACGUGGAGGUGGUGACGAACUACUAUCAGCUCUGGAGCUUCCGUAAACCCAAGACGGUGCGUUAUCGAGUGAUAAACGUUUACGACGAUGACGGACUGUGGCCGACGGUCACCGACCACCAGAUCAACCUUCAGCAUCAGCAUCUGAACAACGCUUUCCGAGUCUACAACAUCACAUGGGAGCGCACCAUCCACAACGUAUACAACUCGUCCUUGCGUAACCGUCUGGUACUGGCCAACUGUGACAUCAACAAGGUGGGCGACGAAGAAUGCGAUCUGGAAUGUAACCACACCCUCACAGGCUUCGAUGCGGGAUACUGUAGGAGGCAGACGGCACGCUGUCCUGAAUACAAACAGGGGAACGGUGUUUGCGACCCAGAGUGUAACUGGGACAAUUACUAUUACGAUCACGGAGAGUGCUGCAACCCCAACAUCACCGAUGUGACAAAGACCUGCUUUAAUCCUGCAUCACCCCUCAGGGCUUACAUGAAUGUGAAGGAGUUGAAAGAAGUUUUGAAUUUGGAUGGAUCCACACACUUGAAUGUCUUCUUUGCUAACUCAUCUGAUGAAGACCUGGCUGGUGUGGCAACUUGGCCCUGGGAUAAAGAAGCUUUAACACAUUUAGGUGGGAUCGUGCUAAACCCUUUAUUUUAUGGCACAUUCGGCCACACUCACACCAUGAUCCACGAAAUCGGCCACAGCCUCGGACUGUACCACGUCUUCAGAGGAAUCUCAGAGGUGGAGUCCUGCAACGACGCCUGUUUGGAGACCGAACCUUCCCUUGAAACGGGAGAUCUGUGUGCCGAUACCAACCCCACACCUAAGUACAAGUACUGCAGAGACCCAGAGCCGUGCAACGACACCUGCGGGAGACGUCACUUUAAAAAUACUCCCUUCAACAACUACAUGAGCUACGCCGAUGACGGCUGCACAGACUCUUUCACCAUGAAUCAGGUUGCGAGGAUGCACUGCUACCUGGAUCUCGUCUACCAGUCUUGGAGACCUGUCAGUAAACCAGCUCCUGUUCCUCUACCUCCUCGAGUAACAGCGCAGGACCAGGACUCGCUUACGCUGGAGUGGUUCCCAGCACUCACUGGACAUUACUUCGACAGAGAAGUGGGAUCAGUUUGUGACAGAUGUACGGAGAUUGGCGUCCUCCUGCAGUAUGCCUCCAACUCCUCCUCGCCCAGACCCUGUGCCCCGUCCGGCUACUGGAGCCCUCGUGAGGCAGAAGGUCCACCCGAUGUGGAGCAGGCCUGUGAACCGAGCGUUCGCACAUGGAGUCCCAAUGCUGGACUAGACUCGAGCAGCGUUGGCUCAGCGUCUUGCCCACCCCAGGGCUGCAUGCUCCAGCUAGAGUUUGCAUAUCCACUGGUACCCGACUCCCUCACCGUAUGGGUCACCUUCUUUUCUUCAGAGGACACUGGGCUGCCGGCAAUCCACGACGUCCUUCUUCUGACGAUCAGCGGUAACAACAUUUCACUGGGUCCACAGUACGUGUUCUGCGACACUCCAUUAACGCUCAAGCUAGACGUCAAUGAAGAAGUGUACGGGGUGCAGUUCUUCACCAUGGAGCAGCAUCUGGAAAUUGAUGCCACAUUGCUGGCUUCAAAGCCGGACAGUCCUCUGUGCCAGGCGUGUCAUCCUCUACACUAUCGUCUGAUUCGCCAGCCAUCAUUCACGCACUCGCCGCAUGGCCUGAUCCUUGAAGAACCAACUUUGAGAUAUGUGGACAGGGACCUAAAUCCAGACGAGACGUACACCUACCACGUUGUGAUGGUGUCUAGACAAGCAGAGAGCGAACCAUCCCCUCCUCUCUCUCACCAGCUGGGUUCACCUUAUUGUGGAGACGGACUUAUACAGAAGUAUCUUGGAGAACAAUGUGACGACAUGAACUUCGUCAAUGGAGAUGGCUGCUCAAACCAGUGCAAGAAAGAGCCGUCGUUCAACUGUGUCGAUGAACCCAGCUUAUGUUACUUUUAUGACGGUGAUGGCGUGUGCGAGGACUUUGAGAGGGAAACAAGCGUAAGGGACUGUGGUCUCUACACACCAAGCGGCUUUCUGGAUCAGUGGGCCACGAGGGUGGAGGUGUCCAAUGAGGAGAAGCUCCACUGUCCUGCAGAAGUGGCCGUUGGAUAUCCUGCAGUGACAAAGAGCUGUCAGUCGAAGGUGUUUGACCUGUCGCAUGGCGUGUCUCAGUACGCUUGGUUUCCAUGUGAGGAGUCUCAACAUCACAGAUGGUCUUCACAAUAUUGGCUAAAGGCCAUUUACGACCAUCCUAUGGUCGCAGCUGCUGUCAUCAUACACCUGGCUGCUGAUGGGACAGCCGACAUUGACCAGAGACAGCACAACAUCACCAUUCAGCUGGUGGACACAAAGGAUCAAACUCAUCCUCUUGGGGACUGGCGACUGAGUUGCCGUAACAAUCCACUAGUGAUUCCUGUGAGUCACGACCUGAGCAUGGCCUUCUACCGCACGAAGGAAAUUAUAGUGAGCUUCGGCUCUUCUCUGGUGGCCAUCUCAGGUGUGGGAUUGCGCUCCUUCCAGUAUUUUGACCCCAUCACUAUCAGCGGCUGUCAGAGCAAUGAAAUCUACAACCCCAUGGGCCAAAGUUGCGUUCAUUAUUCUUGUGAUACCAUCGAAUGUAAGGAGCCAAAUGUCACGAACGCCGACAGGAACUGCAGCAGUCUUAAAUACUUCAAUGGAGUCCACUGCAACAUCACCUGUAACAGAGGAUACACGCUGAAAAUCCACAGAGAUGAUGACAUCAUCAAAACACAGUCUAAAUCCACGGUGACCCUCACCUGUGCAGAUGGAAAAUGGAACAAGCAGGUGACCUGUGAACCCGUGGACUGCGGGCGGCCCGACAAGUACCACGUGCACCCGGCCGUCUUUGAGUUCACAGAGGGUACCACCUACGGCAAAAAGUGCACUUUUCAGUGUCGGGAGCCGGCUCAGCUUAUGGGCAGUAAUAACGUACUGAUGUGCAUGGAAGAUGGAAUGUGGUCCUUCCCCGAGGCUCUAUGUGAGCUCCGCUGUCCAGCCCCACCUCCGGUACCCAAUGCUGUCCUUCAGACCAAGCGCUGCAAUGCCACAGACCUCAAAGUUGGUUCCUUCUGCAAGUACAAGUGCAAGCCUGGUUACCAUGUUCCCCAUGUAGAAAAGCCCAAGAGGGCGGUUCCUAUCACAUAUCAUCGACGUGCGUUUAAGAGACAGUGUACUGAAGAUGGAACCUGGCAGCCCGGCGAGUGCGUUGCCGUCACGUGCGAGCCGCCUCCCGCCAUCUUCCAUGGCACCUACAAGUGCACCAAUGGCUUUCAGUUCAACAGCGACUGCUGGAUCGACUGCGACCGGUCCAACCACACGGUGAGACAGCACAGCCGCUGCAAGCAGGCCCCCCCAACCAAUGCGAUCCGAUGUCGAAAGGACGGGAACUGGACCGGCUCCUUGCGACUCUGCCCCAACCUGACAGGACGGUGUUCUCUCCCACAAAACCUGAGCCCGGCCAUCCACCUCAGCUGCAAGACUGGACACGGCAUAGGAGAAGAGUGUGAGGUGUCGUGCAGAGAUGCCAGCAGCAGUGUGGUCCUCCUGCCCAGUAAUGUGCCCGUCGCUGACGUGAUGAAAGACCACUGGUGGAACCCACCCAAAGUUCAGAAUAUCAUAUGCACCAUGGGACUAAAAUGGUACCCUAACCCCGAGUCUCUUCAUUGCAUCAAGGGAUGCGAGCCUUUCAUGGGUGAUAAUUACUGCGAUGCCAUAAACAACCGAGCGUUCUGCAACUAUGAUGGUGGAGACUGCUGUCACUCUACUGUUAAAACUAAAAAGGUGAUUCCGUUCCCGACGUCAUGUGAUAUUCGAGAAGACUGUUCAUGCCGAGACCCCGAUGCCCAGGAAAACAACAAAGGAUUUCGUCAACGGUUCAUCGGCUGAGCUUCGAACCUCCGGUGGCUCCCAGGGGUCCCGAUGGGAAAUCAUUUCUCCACAUGCUGCUUAUCAGAGGGUCUCUCCACUCACAUCACACUCCGACAUACCAGCCCACAUGCCCUUGUUUCCUCAUCCAACAGCAACAGCCUAUGAGGGUAUGACACUUAAACGACCAAACGCAUCAACAAUAGAUUUCAAGUACUGUAGGGUGAAAAUGUGGAAGAUUUACGAAUGCAUCAUGGCAAUACAACCGUAGAUGUCGCCAAACGGAGGCUUAAACAAGCCUGUGCUGACAGUUUCGUUGUUUUAUGUUUGCUUUAAUUGAUCAUUAUUUGUAAACUGAAACCAUGGCGAUGUUGUUUUUACAUACUGUACAGCUCGAGGAAAAAAGGAGGGAAAGGGAAAAAAACGUAUUCGUUGAUGUUUGACUGUAGUAAGAGAUUAAACAACAGUGUCGAACGAAACCAUCAAACAAAAACCAGAUGAAUAAGACGACCCUUGAUAUUUUUCAUGAUCCCUCUGAUACUAUAUAGUCGACAGCUAAGCCAUUCAAAGUGUCCGUUCUUAUCAAGAGUUCUCCGUUCUUGUUUCUUUAAUGUGGAAAUACACAACUAGACCUAAACAAUGGAUAUGUAAGCCAAAUUUGUGUCACUGAAAUGAGAUGGGCUGCACACAAAUAGCUCAUACUCUUGAAUGUUUGUGUACUUAACCCAAAUCUGGCUGGUGACCUCAGAGCCUAAGGGGAUGAUGGGAAGGUUUUGCAGGGCUAGAUGUAUGAGUGCAGCAGCUGUGGCCAUAAAUCGCAUUCAUAAAUUCAUAUAUCGGAGAGAAAUAAAGCCAAAAAUCAUCGGAGGAGUUGUUGAUCCAGUGAGUUACAACCACAGUUGCUGUUAGUUUUGCUGUUUUGGCCUUGCAGUAUGACAACACAGUUUUAUACUCAAGAUUAAAUUCGAUAAGUUAGUUAAGCUUUUUUAUUUUCUAAAGGAGCCCAAGCAUAAAGCUUUGCAUGUUGUUGUGUCCCAAUCUGCAUACUACCCGUCCUAAAUAGUGUUCAAAAUUAGAACGAAAUCGUACUGGGUGAUUCUCACGAAAACUUGGUUUUAAAAAUGUCAAGCAUGAAAAUGUAAAAAUUGCUUAAAUUUACUUUUUUUCCCACCAGACAUUGAAAAACAAAGUCUGGAGUAAAUGGGAACAUUCAUUUAAAAACUUUUACUUAUCAUUUAACACUUUUUGUAACAUAAUUUAAAAAAUUAGUCCUAAAAAAUCUCAUUACCGCAACAGUCAGAAAACAUCAACACUGACAUAUUUUCAAAAUGACAUGACAAACCUGAAAGAACAUAAUUUGGAGAUUCUGCACAUGCAUUUAAAAUCAAAGUAUUAUGCUUCUAUUAAUUAAAUUAACAUUUAAUAAGCAUCUGUUGCGGUAAUGAUAAUCAAAAUGUCGUGUAAGCAUUCUGACAAGACAAUAUUUCAAAUUAACUGUAAAAAAAAUUAUCUUACCUGGUAGCCAUCUUGAAGUAACUGGUCCAUGUGCUUGGUCACUCAAAAUCAAACUUUAUUAAAAUUCUGUAUGUGUGCUUAAACUGUUCUCAAAAAGUGUUGUGGAGGAUGAGAACAUCAGGCAUGGACACAUAAUUUUCCUAAUUUUUCUUCAUUAUUAUUAUACAUGAAUAUUCAGUAAAUAUUUUUUCUGUCAUCUAAAGUAGUCUAGCAAAACAUCCAUUUAUUUUUUUUCUUAAUAUUUUUGUGUUAAUUUGAUUAAAUUACAACAUAACGCAUGUUCAAACACAGCCGGACACAUUGCGGUAAUGAGAAUUUCAGCAGAAAAUGGGAUAAAAUUUCCAAUUAUAAAUUCUUAUGUUGAAAUCACACAUUGUGCAAGGUAGAACACAGUAUUGUGUUAAUUCUGAUGCUUUUUAAUGUUACUAUAUUACACAUUUUAAAGCUAAAAUCAUUAGUGCCGUGGUGUUUCAAUGGUUUCGUGAGAAUCACCCUACUAUGUUAAAAAGUGUAACCAUAAAGUACCCAGAUGAUCUAUUUUCAGGUAAAAUUUUAAUCAAUGCAUACUUUCAAUCAAUGAGUGUGUUUACAUGCACAAAAUAAUCGGAUAACUAUAAAAAAAUUAGCUUAUUACAGAAACCUGUUUUCAUGGGUUUACAUGCAAAUAGGCAUGGGCCGGUAAAAGAUGCUGGCGGUAUGAUAACCUUUAGCAAAAAUACCACGGUUUCACGGUGUUGCGGUAUUGCCAUUGCAACACUAAAAUGUGUUCUUUUCAAAUGCCACCUUACCUAUAUUACCUUGGAGAUGGUAUCACAGAACAUUUAAGUGGUUUUGAAACCUUGACUGUUUAAAACCUAGGUAUACCUUGAAACCGGUAACCGGCCCAUGCCUUGCAAAUCAAUAAACCGGAUAUGCAGAAAAUUGCUUUACAUCGGAUUUGGUACUGGAUAGUGUAAGUAGGCAAACUUGGACGCAGCAUACAAGUGCAAUUCUGUAAUUGCUCAAAUCACACCUAAGUAUAGGUCAAUUUUUACGCAUUCGCUAGUGUCCGUGUACAAUGCGCGUGAUGCAAAUUUUGUAAUUAAAAUAGUACGCAUGCACGGGCAGAUUUUUGUAACCGUGUGUGCUUUCUAUACGUAGGUCGCACAUGCGUGUACAGGAGAAUAUGGAUGUAGCCCAGGAGCUGCAUUGCAUUUUGUUGUACUGUGUCAAAUAAAAAGUCAAAUAAACUAUGCUUUGCAAGGCAGUGCAUUCGACAGUAAACAUAUGUUCGCGUUAGGGAUGCACCUAAAGAAAAAUUCUUGGCCGAAGCCGAAUAAAAUGAAAAACUUGGCAGAAUACCGAACAAUUGUAUUUUUUUUUCAUUUUCCUAAUAAUUUUGCCAAUUUUCUCAUCAUUGAAGUUACAUUUUCAGAAUGUCCUUUUUACUAUAUUUAUUUCACAAUAUUUAACAAUUACCUUUUUUUAACAUUUCAACCGUCGUACAGUAAUAGGGCCUUUUUACACCUGGUCACUUCUCUAAUCAGACAUCAGAUCAGGACAUUCGACCACAUAUAUGAGUCUUGGCUAAACGGAAAUUAAUCCGAUCUUCUAUUCCCGCGCAAAAUGCAAAUAACCUAUUCAUUACUAUGCCUUAAAAAACUUGCAACAACUAUAUGCAUACUUAUAUAGCACUGUAUGUAUGUUGAGCAGUGUACGCGUGCCUGUGUGCACAGUCAAGCAUGAGCAAAGGGAGUGAGAGGAGAGAUGGCGGCAAGAUUGACAGGAGAUAACAGAGGAGGAAAAAGUGCUCAACAAAGCGGUCUAACAAAAAGCUUAUUGUAAAUAAACGUUUUAUUUCUCGUUUAUUAUAAGCAUGGUUGUCAUUGUACGACUUUACUGGUUUUAGGAAGUUUUCAUUACAUACUGCUGACGCUCUUCGUUGUUUAUUACAUGAGAUAGAGUUAAAGUCUUGUUCUCCGUGCUUAUGCAUUCAGCAGAUACCCAGGACCGUGUCUUUCUCAUACGCUGCAUGGUGUUCAGGAUUUCUUGAUUUUAAAUUAUAAAUAAAACUUGUAGUGCUGUAUGUUUUCAUGUCUUUCUCAGACACUUUAAAAUGCUUUUGCCAACUUGUUUGCUGCAUUUGCGUGUCUCUCACUCUGUGCUGGUUACUAUCUUAUUGAAUCAUCGAAGACCUCAUUGUUCGGUAAAAUUUAUUUACCCGUUUUACUUGUUCGGCCAUUUCACUUGUUCGGCCGAACACCGAAAAUUAUUUUUUUGCUAUUUUCUGCCGAACAUUCGGUGCAUCCCUAGUUCGCUUACACUCAAAAUAAAAAACUAUACUCUGGGCUUUACUGGAGAAAGAUGUCCUGCUCCAAGCUCCAAGAUAAAUCGUGCCAGCCCAACAAACAAGAAGUUAUUUCUACAGAAUUAAUUUAAUUGGAGUUAAAUAAAGAGGUUACAGUAGGGGGGGCUGUGUGUAUUUAUAUCUGGUGGUAUUGUUAAAAAUGUGUUUUUGUUGAUCAGCAUUUUUAUCAUUGACCACAGUUGCUGCACUUGUCUUUGUACAGUUGUCUUUUGUCAACGAAAUAAAAUAAAAAAUAAAAAGUUUACCGUAAAAAGCUGCUACGGUCAGACAGGUCAUCAAUAUUGUUGAAUUAGAUAGUCAUCACUGAAUAGUACUUUAUACUGUUGUGUUGUUUUCCGUCUUAUUCGGUAAUAGAUUAUGUUUACUACCUUUGGUUAAAACCUUACGAUAAAAACACCAUCAGAGGAUAUCGAAAAGAAAACCGUACAUAGAGAUAGUUUAACCCAAGUAAUUGUGUCGUCCUUUCAUUCAGUCAGAGAUAAUGACAUAUAUAGUUCAAGUAGAUGUCUUUGUUUUUAAUAUUUAACUGUUUGUUAUUAUUGUGCUGCUGUACUACAAUUUUACUUGGGGGGCUGUUUUAGAUUUGUUUUGUUCGAUCGGAUCACAAGUGGGCGACGUUAAAUACUGGCGUAAGUGAGGUGUAAACAUUUGAGCUCAUUCACUUUCUACCACAUUCAGAGGUAGCCGAAAACGCAUUCGCCCUGAUUCCUUUUGUGUCAUAAACGCACAUUUAGUCGAAUGUGUUCGAUCAGAAAAGACAGCUUACUCUCCACCUAUUGAUCUAUUGUUAGAUGUGACUUGUAGCGCAAAACCCACAGUGUUCAGUGUGAUCUUUAAGCUGUCACUAGCUAGGUUUCCAUCACCCUGAUUUUAUGCGCUAUUUGAAGUAUCGCUUAAGAAACGAGUGACGGAAAUGCCAAAUUUAGAAUAAAAAUCCCUUAAUUCACAAUAACUUGCCCAAUCGUAACUAAAUGCAGUCCUGUUUCCAUUUUCUAAGCGUGCCUUGAUUUAUUUACUGUUGGUUACUAGAUUACCAAUACCACCGUCAUUCGCUCAAAUAACUUGUUGGAAACGCAGUUCACAUUUUGCUUCUAAAACUGCGCAGAAAAAGCGACCGUCUGUUAGUUCUUGUCACAUGACCUGGGGUGCGCUUGCGGCAUUCAAAAAAGUUGAAAUGUUUUUAAGUCAAUGACACGACUGGAAAAAUGUGCGCGUUGCGACCGCGUCGCUUCCAUGAGCGCGCAUACCACGCGCUUACAUUUGAAAUAACGCGCAAAACAGCGGCUGCUUUAUGCCUUAUUCAGUUUUGUUUCAUUUUGCGAGCGUGUGAUAGUGGAACGAGUUUAUUUCAUCAAUUGCUCUAAAAUUUCUGAGCCCUUAUGUAUAAAACGUUGUGCAGCUCAUGUUUAAACGACUCGCCCAUAGACCCUCCCCUCAAAGUAACCAGGAUAAAAGCAGUCAAAAGUGGACAAAAGAGACCAGGUGUAAACGGGAAUGCGUCUCUCUCGUCCACUUGUGAUCCGAUCGACCAAAACGCAUCUUAAUACGAGGUAUAAACACGGCCUUGGAGAGAGUGCCUAGAACAAAUCCAGAUACAUGUGCAAUCUUGUGAACCAGUAUGAGGACCGGUUUCAAUUCUCACAAAAAUUACAGUAGCUUUACCUGUACAUCAGUCUACCACCUACAGGCAUAUUGUACGCAAACAGCAAUCUCCUUUCUAUCCUUUUUUCCUGGAAAAGCUCAAUGUCGCUCUAUUCCUCUGAAGCCAUGAAAAACAAGAUCAAAUCAAAUGAAGUUUGGUGAAUAAGUUUUAAGAGAAUACGUUUACCAGUCUACUGUAAACCGAACAGGAUCUUUUUGCUGUACUUUACCUCAUGCCUGUAAUGUUUGCUGCUUUAUUCAGUAUUUUAGUAAUUUAAAUCUCUUAGCAAUAUACGAUGUUGUACAUAAUAGAAUUAUUUAUUAAAAACGUUGUCAUUUUGUUUUUUAUUUAUAUUUACACAGUUCAUCUAAGUUAUUUUUAUAUGUUUCUCCAGUGUUAUUUGGUGCGAGGCUCUCGCCGUUUCUUUUCUGUUUGCAUUCGGAAAGCAAAGGUCUCGUUCUACCACAAGCAAGCGAAAGAAACGACCGUUUUCACGGCCGCUCAAUUUGUACGAGUAAGAAAUCAAAGUGUUCAAUGCACAAGGAAAACGUUAUAGAAAUGUCACCUUUGGCAAGUCGUACAAGCCUUUCUUUGGUGUAUUGACUUCCACCUGUGUUUUAGAUUCCAUAUGUUUGUGUAUUCUGGGGAAAUUGCUCGGAAAGGUUUCGUUUCCAGUCGCUAAGUAGAUACGUUGAGUCGCAGGGCUCUUGUGGUUUCGUGUAAAUAGUAGAAUAGGUGAGAGAAACUGAAAGACUGUUUGUGGUGGCUCGGCUGCUGAUGUUUGGCCACGUACAGUAAAGCCUCAUGUAUAGAUUCCCCUCUAUAAUCGUACCCUAUGUUUAUCCAUUCAGACAGUUGUACCUCAUGUCCUAUUUUGUAUACAUAAGUAAUACCUGAUUGUGAAGUUUUUCAUAUUUCAUACGUCUUGUGUUUGCCUGAAGAUUAGCCAUGCGGUUUUACAUUAUACGUCGCCCCUGAGGUCAUUUUGCAAUUGUUUCAUCUAUCAUUUUAAAGCUUUUGUGAUGCGUUUUGUACAGCGCUCCCAAUGACAUCACGUGACUGCGCAUCCAUACAGUACGACAGCUAAGCAAGCAUGUUAUUAUUAUCAAAUCUGAUACCCUAAAAAUGACAGUUGCAUGAUCAAAACUGUGUUCCCAGAGUUUGAUAUGUAAAAUUUUGUUGGUGUGCUACUUUCGUCAGAGUAGUAUAGCAAAUUAGAUGUAUUUAUCAUAAAGUUUAUUGGAAUGAGAGAUCUAACUUCUCCAAAAUAUGUUGUCCGAAUAUAAUUUUUGCUUAUUUUAUUUUGUUUCUUUUCAAACCUUUAUAUCUAAAUAAAUAUGUUACAUAUUAUUUGUUAUUAUGUAUUUUUUUCACAAGAGUGUAUUUCUUUUUAAUGAUCUGUUCUGUAUUAUAUAUGUCUCCAAAUUUGCAAAAUCUUCUGCGACUGCACUGACAUUAAAAUCAAGACCGGACAUUACUGCAAACUUUCUUGGUAUUUCGGGAAAAACGGCCCAGCACGGGGUUCGAUUUUAACACUGACGGUUUCCAUACGCACUGGUUCAAAUCAAUAUAUCCACUUCUCUCAGUAUACACACUUAAUGCACUGUUUCGGGCACUUACCACAGUCCUGUUUUUA